AUGGAUCUUUACAGUAUACUAGAAGUGGACCUGUCGGCCACAGAACUUGAAAUCAAAAAGUCAUACAGGAAACUAGCCCUCAAGUACCAUCCAGACAAGGUUGGCGAAGAGGACAGAGAAAGUGCCGAAAUCAAAUUCAAGGAGGUUUGCCAUGCCUAUGAAGUGCUUAGUGAUGAGAAGAAAAGAGCAGAUUACGACUUGUAUGGAGACACUGACCCUAUGGAUCGUGGUGGCCAUGCUCCUAACGGUAACCCAUUUGGUCAUCAGUAUGGUGGACAGAGAGAAUACAAUCCCGAGGACUUCUUUGAUUUUUUUAGGGAUAUGGGAGGCAAUGGUCCUCGUGGUGGCAGGCAGCAGAAUCGAAAGACUGACGAUGCAGAGAUCAAUGUGGAGGUGACCUUGGAGGACCUUUUCAAGGGUAAGGUGGUGAAGUUCACCAGUACCAGGAACAUCAUUUGCAAGAGCUGUCUGGGUACAGGCGCAAGGAAAGCUGCUAAGUCAAAGACAUGUUACUCUUGUGAAGGUAAGGGUCAUCAGAUAAGAAUCAAGCGCCUUGGGCCUGGUAUGGUGGCCCAGGAAGAGGUACGCUGUACGACCUGUGACGGUACUGGAAAAACAAUUUCAUCGAAAUAUGCUUGCAAAACGUGUAAAGGCAAGAAAACAGUGGAAGAAACCAAGAUUUUGGAGUUUGAGAUUGCUCCUGGCUCUCCUAAUGUGGGUAGUAUUGUUCUUGCAGGUGAAGCUGACCAGCACCCUGCCAUGGAAGCUGGAGACGUUGUGCUUCAAUAUACGUGUAAGGAGCACGACGUUUUUACUCGUCGUGGGGACGAUCUUUUUUCAAAGUUCAAGAUUCCAUUGGUGGAUGCCCUUUCUGGGUUUUCCGCUGUGGUUUGCCAGCAUUUGGAUGGCAGAGCAAUGCAUGUAACUACGCCCAAGGGUAAGGUUAUCAAACCAGGUCAUCUCCUAAAAAUUCCAGGCGAAGGUAUGCGCCGUACUAAGCAAGGCGCUUUUAGCAAGUUAAUGGGUGCUUCCUACGGAGACUUGUACAUUGAAAUCGAGAUCGAGUUCCCUCAGGAUAACUGGUACUUGGAAGUCAACGAUAUCACCAAGCUCAAAAAUGUGCUUCCUAAUGACUUACAGAACAAGAAUGAUAUCAAGAAGCAACAGGUCCCAACCCUGUCGUUGCCAGAGGCCAAUAUAGAAUAUGUGGAUAAGGUUACGUUGGCAACAGAAGAUGCUCUUCCAUCAUACGAAGAGCCUCAACAGCAAAGUCAUGCCAACGGCCACGCAUACGCCGAGGAAAGUUUCUACGGUGGCUUCGGCGAGCAACCUCAGGCCGAAUGUGCUACACAAUAG